ACCAUGCAUGCGUACUCCUUAUAAUAUUCUUGAACUAUUAAGUUGACCCUUAGCUGCUGCAAGACUGGCUUCCAUAUAAUCCAUAACAAGCCUACAUCUUAGAUUCUUCCUCAAUAUUUUUAGGUCCAACAACUUGCUAUGCUACCUUUAGCACAAUAUUAUGUUCCCUACUCAAUAUACACACUCUUUGAAUAUCUUACUUUAACUUUCUAUUAGUCAAAAUAUUCAUACGUUAGCAUAUUGCUCAUUGCAUGGGGUUUUCCCACUAUUUCCUACCACUUUCCUUAUGCUCCCUUCUUGUGGGUAUAUAAAUACCACAAACUUCCCUUAAUUUUCUCAUCCUCAACUAAACAACUUGCUAAUCAUCAGUAAACAUUCCAAUUAUCGAGUAUAAUGGCGAUAACAUUUGCCUCGAAACACUUCCUCUUGCCUCUCACUCUCCUUUUUCUUGUCAAUGUUAGUGUUGCAUCGAGGAUGCUCGUAGAGUCCUCGACUCAGCCUAUGACUUUCCAAUACCACAAUGGCCCUCUUUUAAGUGGUCGGUUUUCUAUCAACCUUAUUUGGUAUGGUAACUUCAAGCCUACCCAAAGGGCUAUCAUCUCUGAUUUCGUUACCUCCCUAUUACCUUCGCAGCCUGAGAGCCAACCAUCAGUGGCCAUGUGGUGGAAUUCCAUUGGCAAAUACUACGGCCAUGCUAAUCCUAAGAAGCCAACCUCACUCUCCCUCUCCAUGGGCAAGCAAGUCAUCGACGACACUUACUCCCUUGGCAAAACCCUCACCUCCAAGCAGGUUGAAGCCUUGGCUGCAAAGGGUCCACAACAACCCAAUGCCAUCACCGUAGUGUUGACUGCAGCUGAUGUAGUAGUAGAAGGAUUCUGCACAAGCAGGUGUGGGACCCACCGCGUCUCCGAAAAAGCCACUCAGAAGGUCCCAUACAUAUGGGUUGGUAACUCGGAGACACAGUGCCCUGGUCAAUGUGCCUGGCCAUUCCACCAACCUAUCUACGGCCCACAGAGCCCGCCAUUGACCGCACCCAACAACGAUGUUGGCUUGGAUGGCAUGGUCAUUAACUUGGCUAGCCUUUUGGCAGGGACUGUGACCAACCCUUAUGGGAAUGGGUAUUUCCAAGGCCCAAAGGAUGCCCCUCUUGAGGCUGCAUCAGCCUGUCCAGGAAUCUACGGAAAGGGGGCCUACCCCGGUUAUGCCGGCAACCUUUUGGUGGAUGCCACAACCGGAGCUAGCUACAACGCUAACGGAAUCAACAAGAGGAAGUAUCUGCUUCCUGCAUUGUAUGAUCCCAAGACCUCAUCCUGCUCAACUCUGCUUUGAGAAGUUUAGAAACCAACUGCAAUUCUGCAAUACGCCAAAACUAUGUAUAGAUAGAAGUAUAAAAUUGCAUACAGAUUACUACUAGGGUGAAGAAACAAAUACAAGUUACAUACGUAGUAUUAUUUUUAACAAUAGCCAUGUAUUCGUUGGUUUACACAUACUGCAAUAAAAAGUUACCUUUGUCUACCUA